AUGCCAAUAUCUCGUACGAAAGCCUGCUUCCUCUGCAGAGAGGCCAAAGCCCGGUGCGACAGGGCGAUCCCUGAGUGUUCCCGCUGCGCGGAGCGGAAGCUCAGAUGCGUGUACGACGGAAGGAACGGCUUCCGGGGCGCAGGCUCGUCUUAUCCUUACCCCUCACGUGUAGCCUUACAGUCUCUGAUGCCCCAGGAGACGACGGACCCUCUGGCGCUUCCCAGAGAUCAACGGCAACAAGAUGACUCGCUUGCACGGUUGCUUUCGUCUUCCGCCAAGACGCAGCAGCCUCUGCGAGUAGCUGAGCUAGCACAUGACGACGCUUGGACUGCCGAUGGUCUGCUGGCAAGAGAUCCCAGCGUGGAUCCCCUCCUGGAGCUUGACUUCGCUGGGGAUUCCUUUGCGUUAGGAAACAUCCAGUCACACAUCUUCGCUGAAAAGGAGACGAUAAGCCCCGGCCUGAUGGAGCCCUGGGGAGUAUCGGCAGAUAUGCCAGAGGACAGUAACGUGUAUUCCCAUGGGACAUGGACCGUGCAGGAGCUCAUGAAGAGCUCGAGUGCCACCGCUCAAAAAGAUCUUGCCGCUCUCACUUCAACUAUAACCACCACCACGACGGCCGCUGCUGACAAGAACGGCUCGUCAUGUCGCCCUCUUCUGAUGAAACCCCUGUUCCGAUCGUGUACGAUGAACUCGAUCCUACUGGGCCAAGUCACCAGCUACCCAAAGAUGAUGAUUGAGGGGGAUCAACUGCCCCCCUUCAUCCAUGCACCGUGUCACAUUGACAACGACCUGGCCCCUGGCUGCGGAGAGAGGAGCCGUCACCAGUGCUUGCCUCAAGAACUAGCCAUCUGUGCGAGUCUGGUGCAGAUGUUUUACGAGCGUACCAAGGCCAAUACGGAUUUCGUCUGGACUUUGAUCUAUGAGGAGCAAGCCAGGCUUCAACGGGAGUACCUUAAGUUCUCCUCAACGCAGCAACUGGCUGCCAUACAAUCAGCCAUGGUACUCUUUCUUCUGCAGGCAUCAGAUCCAAGCACCGUUGAGACUCAUAAUUCAGAGGAUCUGCUCAACACCGUUGUGAUGCGUAAACUAAUCAUAUCAUUGCCCCUUUUGGUGCGAAGUGCUUCGUUGAACAUAUGGCGCGAACGAACGAAUGGGCAACUGACGCACGAGACGCCGUCUCAAAUCGGCGCGAAUGGGUGUUUAGGGAGAGCAUACGGAGGUGCGUACUGUGUGCUGGCAUCUGCAGUCACACAGAUGGCGACUUUCGUCGAUGUGGCUCUAGUUCUUGCAGUCAUGCACAUUGUUGCGAGGCUGCUCGAUGGUUUUGUACGCGGUGGCUGCACACCCGCUCCUGGGAGCAGCUUCCGAUCGAUACCGCUCCCGUCAAGCCGCGACUUGUGGGAGGCUCGCACGAGUAGGGUGUGGACGAGGGACUACAAGAAGAACAUCGCAGCGAGGACCUCGGACAAGGUGCUCACGGUAGGAGAUGUUUUGGAGUCUGGCGGCGUGAGCAGAUCAUGUAGCGGCAAAGGCCCGACGACUCCUGAGCUACUGCCGGAGGUGAUGAGACGGGCUGGGGGCCUGGACACGCUGGGGAUGCUCGUAUGGAUGGUGAUACCGUUUGAAGAUACUAGAGAAGUACAUGAGCAUGAUGCGGUGAUAUGCUGGUCCUAG